AUGCUAAAUUCUCGAGAGGAAGAGCGGUCACUUGCCACAAAUGGGUUCCAAGUUAUCGAUGCCGAUCACCUGGUUGAAGAGGAAGAGUUGCCUGAUUACAAGACCGAUUCUAUCCAGUUCGACUGGGUGAGGUUUUCCAAGAUCGCUAUCAAGGAUCAUCAGUAUGUCGCACUGAAAGUGUGCGUGCAUACCUCAAUGUUUCAUCGUGAACUCCCAGUUUACGAUCAUAUCUCCCGCCGAAUGGGAGAUACGUCACAUCGAGGACGAUGCAAUAUCCGAAGAUUGCUAGACUCUUUUCAAAUCAUUUGUCCAGAUGGAAAGCAUAUCGUCCUUGUCUUCGAAGCUGCCCAGAUGAGCCUACGUGACAUGAAGCUGGUGUUCCGGCGGGAUGGGUUUGAUGAAGACCUUGUAAAGGGAGCAAUUAUCGAGCUUCUCGAGGCGUUGGACUUUCUCCAUACCUAUGCAGAGAUUGUCCAUACUGGUAUCAUCUCUACCUAG